AUGGCAUUCUUCCACCACAAGAUGUACCGAAAAUCAGAACAUACUCGUGAGUCUGAUUUGAAAUACUACCAGCGUAGAUAUUUCAAUGAGUUGAAAGAUGAUUACUAUAAGCUCGAAAUCUCUGACUCGACAUUUAGGUGUCCGUUCUGUUUCAACAAGGAUUAUUAUUCUCUGAGUGAGCUUUUGAGACAUGCUUCAAGGAUUGCUGAUGACUUGCAUGGCGAGACUGUGAAGGAAAUCGCUAAGCACUCUGCCCUUGAAAGGUAUCUUGACUUUAGAAUUUCUGAAGAUAAGUCGCAUGAUAGGAAUGUUGAUACUGAUAAGUCACCUCGAGUGAAUGUUUCUGAUAGUAAGUCACUUAGUGUGAGUAUUGAUAAGGCACAAUCAGUUAAUGCGAAUGCUGUUAAGGAUCGGUCAUGUGAUGUGGGUAUUGCUAAGAAUAAGUCACCCAUUGAUGUUGUGAAUACUGCUGAAGAUGAGUUUGUCUGGCCUUGGAUGGUAGUUUUGGCAAACAAUGUUACAAACUAUGACCCGAAGUCUGGAAAGUAUAUAGGUAAGAGUCAUAAGAAAAUUAAGGAUGAUCUGUACGCUAAAGGGUUUCAGCCGCUGAAAGUUACUGGACUGUGGAAUAAUAAAGGGCAAACACCGUUUGUGAUUGUUGAAUUUGGAAAAGAAUGGGAUGGUUUCAACAAUGCUUUGAAGCUAGAAAGCAGCUUUGAAGUAGAACAUUGUGGUAAGAGAGAUUACUUGGGUUUAAGGGAGCGAGGAGAUAAACUCUUUGGGUGGAUGGCACGUAGAAGUGAUUAUAAUUACAGGGAUAUUGUGGGAAAACACCUCCGGGAAAAUGGGGAUUUGAAAACUGUUUCUGGAAAAGAAGCUGAGGAUAAUAGGAAAGCCUUGCAGCUUGUAUCUGGUUUGGCUAACACUUUAAAGCAGAAGAACAAAGAAUUGGAACAAACAGCAAGCAAGUAUGAUGAGGCUAAUGUGUUCCUAAGAAAAGUGAUGGAUCAAAAAGAGGAGAUGCUUGAACAUUUUAACAAAGAAAUAAGCAACAUGCGGAACACUGAACGCAGUUAUCUGGAAAAUGUGUCCAAGGAUCAUGAAAAAGCCAUGCUGGAACUGGAGGCCCGGAGGAACGAACUCAUGUCCCGUGAAAAGAACCUGCAAAAGCGUCAAGCAGAUAAUCAUAAUGAGAGAGAUAGACUAUAUCUUGAGAAGAAAAAUAAUGAGAUGGCCAUAGCAGAGCAACAAAAGGCUGAUAACAAAAUGAUGCGUUUGGCUGAAGAACAUCAGAAAGAGAAAGAGAAACUUCACAAGAAAAUUCAUGACCUAGAGAGAGGACUUGACGCUAAACAAGCAUUGGAAUUGGAAAUUGAACGGCUGAGAGGAUCUUUCCAUGUAAUGAAUCACAUUGCAGAGACUGAUAUGGAAGAGAAGAAAAAAUUGGAUGCGAUCAAAAUGGAUCUGCAUGAAAAGGAAGAAGAAUUAGAAGGGGUGGAAGAUCUUCAACAAGCAUUGGUUGUUCUAGAGCGCAAAACUAAUGACGAGUUGCAAGAUGCCCGCAAAAAAUUAAUAAGUUGGAUUGGCUGCCCAAAGAACACUUCUCGGGUCAUAAUUUCUGUGAAAAGGAUGGGAGAUCUUGAUACUAAGCCGUUUGUGGAGGCAUCCAAGAGAAAGUUUCCUGCUGAAGGGAAUGGGAAAGCAGCUCAGAGAAAAAUUGCCGAAGAAAGGCAAAUGAAAGCAACUGAGUGGUUGUCUGAGUGUGAUAACUAUCUUAGAGAUCCAAACUGGCAUCCGUACAAAGUUGUAACUGAUAAAGAAGGGAAUCCCAAGGAAAUUUUAGAUGAAAAUGAUGAAAAACUGAAAAGUUGGAGGGAUGAACUCGGAGACAAGGUGCAUGAUGCAGUAGCUACAGCUCUGAAGGAAUUAAAUGAAUACAAUCCUAGUGGCAGAUAUCCAGUACCUGAACUCUGGAAUUUUAGGGAAGGAAGGAAGGCUUCGUUGAAAGAGGGUGUUGCCCAUUUGAUGAGGCAAUGGAAGUUGGCGAAACAAAAGAAAGCUUGA